GAAAGUAUUUGCGUGAGAGAGGAUUUGAAGAACAAAUAAAUGGACCAAACAACUCGUUAGUAGAUUGAUAUGAUGACGUUGACACCAUGAAUAGAUUUAGUUGUCGAGUUUGGCGAUUAAAUUGUCAGUUAAUAAAGACUAAGAGGUUUGAGUUCAUCUUCAUGGCUAAUUUAAUGAACGAGAAUUAGAAAUUAGGGAACAAUGGCUGAUGAACCAGAUGACGAUGAAUUGGAAGCUUAUCUGAGGAGCAGUUUGAGUGACCGUAGACGUAGCCGAUGGGGCAGACAGUCUCUUCGCAGGGGAUCCUCCCCCUUUCUCACAGAAAGCAUGGCUGGCAAACAUGGAAGAAGAUUGUCAUCAUUUACAAUAUCUUCUGGAGACGAAACUGCCAUAUCCAUAGAAGAAGAAGAGACUCCGGAAGAGGUGAAGGAAAACAUGAGGCUAAAUAAACAGAUUAUAGAAACCAUCAAACUACAGCCAUGGCGAAUGCAGAAAAAAUAUAAGAUACUCAGGAAAGCGAAAGCGUAUGUUCGUAAACAUGAAGGAGAACUAGCACAAAGUAAACGAUCAAAGGAUGUUUUUGCUAAAUACACACUUUUAUGGAGCAGAGGAUUGAAUAGAUUCAAAAGAGAAGUAGCCAAUUUUAUGGUCAUGCUGACGCCUUGGGAGAUGAGAAUUAAAAGAAUAGAGAGUCAUUUUGGUUCUGUUGUAGCAUCUUAUUUCACCUUCUUAAGAUGGGUGUUUUGGAUCAAUUGUUUUAUAUCCGCUUUUGUUUGUUGCUUUCUCAUGGUACCUGAGGUUCUUCGUGGGGCUAAAGAUCCAACAGGAAUGCGUAAAGAAAUAGAAAGUGAUGAAGAAAAAAAGAGUGCUUUAAAUCUUCAGAACAUUUGGGAGUUCGAAGGUUAUUUAAAAUAUUCUCCUAUAUUUUAUGGCUACUACAGCAACAGAGAAAAAACAGAAGAAGGCUACAGGCUUCCUCUGGCAUACUUUUUAACGUCCAUAGCUGUUUAUAUCUUUAGUUUCUUUGCUAUACUAAGAAGAAUGGCUGAGAAUUCAAGAAUGAGUAAGCUGUCUGAGAAAGACGAUGAAUGUACUUUUGCCUGGAAAUUAUUUACAGGAUGGGAUUACAUGAUUGGCAAUCCUGAAACUGCAUACAACAAAGUUGCCUCUCUUGUUAUGGGUUUUAAGGAAGCUAUUCUUGAAGAAAAAGAAAAGAAGAAAGAAGAUAAAAGUUGGAAACUCAUCGCUGCAAGAGUUGCAGCAAAUUUUAUGGUUCUGAUAUUGUUGGCUUCCAGUGCGUACGCUGUAGUACUUGUAGUAACCAGAUCUCAAGAGCCAGAAGCCCAAGACAGCUGGUAUAGACAAAAUGAAGUGACUUUAGUAGUUUCUUUGAUCUCUAACCUGUUUCCUAACCUUUUUGAUAUGAUUGGAAUAAUGGAAAAAUAUCACCCUCGAGUUCAACUACGGUGGCAGCUAGCUAGAAUUCUAGUUUUAUACCUUCUCAAUUUAUAUACACUCAUCUUUGCACUUUUUCAUAAAGUCUACAAAACGAAUGCUGAGCUUAAUGCUUUUGCAAGGAACAUAACAGAUUCAAUAGACUUCCAGAAUGUGUCAGUGACCCAUCGACAUACUCGAAGCCUUUUUAGCAUAGAAGAAAAUCUCGCUGAAACGACAACACUUUUUUCACCCUACAACUGCACCUACAUUGUCAUCCACAACUGCACUUUGGCAGCUCUUUACGCGAGCAUCAACUUGACUGAUUACACAAGCACGGCUUCGCCAGUGUCUCCCAUAGACGGAGAUUAUUUUCUCGAAAAUUCCACGACCGAGGAUUACUCUAGUUAUGACACCUUCGUUGAUAAUAUUGCCAAUUUGACUGCCUAUGGCAUGGUUAACUGGACUGUUAGUGCUGAGAAACCAUCAGUGCCACAUAUUUCUUUACCACCUGUUUUUUUCAAUGCAUCUUCCGCUAUUGAUCUUGAUGAGGAUAAAAUGACGUGGGAUAUACCUUUGGACUACUUUAGUGAACCACCGGAUAAUUGGACGUUGUUAUACGGACUAAAUGAUAGUUUCAGUACUUAUAUGCCAAAUGUUUCAACUAUUUUUUUACACAAUGAAACAACUAUUUUUGAGAGUACAACAUUACAAAACCAAUCACCAACGACUACAACUGAGUCGCCUUGGCCUCCAGAGCUAAACUGUACUGUAGUUGUCCCAGUGUGCACCACGGCUCCCCCGGUUACAGAAGACGCAAUGUUUUCUACAACUGAAGGAUUCGAAAGUACGACCGUAGAUAAGUUUGAUGGAUUAGAUUUAGGUAAUGAUACUGAAUCAUCUGAAAAUGCCACUUAUCCCUUUCCAUGUUGGAAGAGGUAUCCAGAUGAUGAUCUUCCCUGUCCAAAGAGCUGCCUGUCAGAAGACAGGCAGCAGAGGAUGCCAACGCAAGAAGAAUUGCUGAACAUCCCCGAGUCUCUGAAGCAAGAGCUUCGUAAGAGAUGCUGGGAAACUGCUUUUGGACAGGAGCUGGUGAAAUUAACUGUCAUGGAUUUAUUUAUGACCGUUGGAUCAACUAUUAUAACUGAUUUUCUAAGAGCUGUCUUUGUCCGAUACGCUAACAAUUGCUGGUGUUGGGACCUGGAAAAAGGAUUUCCAGGUUACGGAGACUUUAAAAUAGCUGAAAAUAUCCUUCAUUUAGUGAACAAUCAGGGGUUAGUUUGGAUGGGCAUGUUCUUCUCUCCUGGUUUGCCAGCGAUCAAUACCGUGAAGUUAUGUGUUCUAGUGUACGUUCGAAGCUGGGCUGUGUUGACAGCAAACAUUCCUCAUGAGACUGUAUUCCGAGCUUCCAGGUCGAACAACUUCUACUACGCCCUACUUCUCAUUAUGCUUUUCCUCUGCACUUUGCCGGUCGGAUUUGCUUGCGUUUGGCUUCAGCCCUCAUGGCACUGUGGACCAUUCAGCACUCAUAGACGUAUAUAUAAUGUGCUGACGUCAUUUGUGUUGGGUGCAUUGCCAAAAUUCAUGGUAGAAGUUAUUCAAUAUGCAACUUCUCCUGGAGUGGUAAUACCUCUUCUCCUUUUAUUAAUAUUGAUAAUUUAUUAUUUAGUGUCUUUAACGGGUUCCUUGCGAGAAGCGAAUAAUGAUUUGAAAAUGCAGCUAAGAAGGGAAAAAAAUGAAAGAGAGAAACCUCCAAAAGAUGAGAAACCUCCCGAUGCUGUUGCACCAGAGCUACCUGAAGAUAUCACAAAAUGGUCAUCCGCUAAGAAAAUUCUUCCUGUCUUACCGAACAAAUUCAGAACAUCGAGCCAGCUUUUGGGAGAAGAAUCCGAUGGUAGUCCUGAAACUCCUAUGAAAAAGUCAGGUAAGAAAGUUCAUAAAAGUGGAAGAGGUGAGCAUCCAGAUGAACAAUACGAAGGACCAGAAGACAAAAAAGCUCACAGAGAAGAUUACCAUAAAGAUAGAUCUGGUCAUCGUCCUUCGCCAAUGUCCACAGAAUCGCAUAAAUCUUCCUCAGAUGGUGAAGACAGGCGAUGGAUUCGAAGAGGAGGAAUUACUGGAAAUGGAGAUUUACCGCUCAUUACCAUAAGUCAGGCAUCUGAAGGCAGAGAUUCUCCAGGACAGCUUUCCAGUUUAAAUUCUUCAGAAGAAGCAACUCCGCCCUCUAGUACGAUAUCCAGAAGACGUCCAGGACUCAUUCCGUCUGUUAGUGAACAGGAAGAGGACGAAUAUGUGGAAGAGGAUGAGGAGAUGACGAUUGAGAUUCAGGAUCACACACAUUUUGAGCCAAUCCAAGACGCGCAAGAAAAUGGCGAACAGGAGGAAAUGUCCUUCAGGCCUGAUGUAGUUGAGGUUCCACAAGAGGAGGUCAGAGACUAUGCUGCUACAAAGGCUUUGACUGGUUGUGCAGUGGUACCUCGCAUACGCAACAUAGACGAAUCAUCCUCAACAGAACCUGAUAAUGAAGACUACAGUAGCAAGUCUACUUUGCCUAUGGCAAACGUAGGCACUAUUAAAAAUAAUGUGAAACCAGUUCGCUCUGGUCGCCAGGCUGCUCUCCAAAGAUCCAAAGCAGUCAAAGGCAGUGACAGUAUUGGGAGCAUUGAUUCUAAUAGUUUGAGACCACCAUCUCCCGAAUCUGAUGCUAAGCGAGCAAAAAUACAAAGAUUAGAUACAGAUUCCUUGUGAAUGAUAUGUUUCUAAGAUCUGAUUACAGCAUGGGUUUCAGAAUCUGAUGAAAAUGGUGGCCGAAACUUCCUUUUUCAAAGAAAGAUACAAUUAUUAUUAUACAUCUUGAAGUGUUAUACAUUUGAGUGUUAUACUCUUUCGUACAAUACAUAUCUUUCCAGUUCUAUAUCAUAUUUCUUCUCUUUAUUCUGUAAUAAUAACAAGUUUAUAACUUUUCAUAAGAACAAAUUAGCUGAAUUCUAUCUACAACAAUUCUUUAAUUCAGCUUAGAGAUGAUCAUUCAUUUUUAAUCUCUGCAUACUAAGACCUCAUAUAAAUAAAUAAAAACGUUUUAUGGCAAA